UCGCAACAAAAUGGAGUUAUAGAAUUUUCGAUCAAAUAACAAAGAAAUAACACGAUGAUUGACUGAAAAUAACAAGGACAUUAAAAAUAAAACCAUGGCGUAUAGUUCAAGAUCCCCAAAAGACCUCAAGAAUAUCGUUUCCGAGAGUAUCAAUGAUGUCUCAGACAUGCAAAGUAAUUUGGCCAAACUUAGAGCUCUGUCAGAAGAUGACAAAACAGAAGCUGCCAUGUUGAGAUCUAGGAUAGAUGAACAAGGACAGUUGAUAAUGAUCCUGAAACAACGAACGGAUGAUUCCAUUUUGAAAGCUCAAACAGUCGACAGAAUAAAUUUGCAAUUGACUGAACAAAGAGACAGAGCAAAGGAAAUGCUUGGUCAAGAAAUGAGAAAAUAUGAAAUUUUAGACAAAAGAUUUCACGAUUUAGCCUCCAAUCAUGAAGAAAUGAUAAAAAUCAAAGAUGAAUACAAAAGAGUCAAUGCAGAGUUGAGAAAUGAAAAUGCUAAACUUCGAGAAGAGAAUUCUCGUUUAUUUUCUGGUGCUAUUUUAGAAAAAGACAAUAUAAUAUCUGAACUUGAUUCUAAGAUUAAACUCUUGCAAGAUCAAACUAAGAAUAUGGAGCAAAAAAUAAGACAAUUGGUGACAGAACACAGAAAUAAGGAAGAGAAAUCUAAAUCACAACUUGAUGAAUUACAAAACCAAUAUAAAACAGAUUUAAAAUCACUUCAACAUAAAUUACAGGAUUCAGAAGAGAGAUUAAAAGGUAUGCAGUAUAAACUACAACAACAAGUGGAAAGUAAAGAGUGUUUAGUAACAGAAUCUAGCAGUAAAUUAACACUAAUUACUAAAGAAAGGGAUGAGCUAUUAGAAUUGGCUAUGCAGAGAGGAAAAUUGAUACAGAAAGAACAAAAUGAAAAUAAAAGAUUGCAGAAAUCUAUUGAAGAUAUGUCUACAUCAGUCAAAGCUAUGGAAGAUAAAUUUGAACGCCAGGCUUGUGCUGUAAAUGCUAAUUUACAAGUAAAACGUCUUAAAGAAGAUUUAAAUGCAGCUGACAAUAGAUACAGUGAAAUGACAAAGGAAUUUGAUGCCUUCAAGAAACAUUCACAGAAUUUGUUACAGAAGGAAAGAGAAUUGAAUCAGAAAUUGAGACAUUUAGUAGGAUGAAUGAAGAAGAAAAAUGAAAUUUCUAUUAGUGCUACUUGAGGCAUAGAGAAGUUCUCUUUACUGUUCACCUUCCGACCUAGAUUUUCAAACUUGAAUGCUUAUCCACAUAUCAAACAAAAAUUUACUUGAGAGUUGAUAUUUUGAAUAGAUUCCUUUCAGAACACUGUGUUGCUUACUCAGUAUUGUUUUGUAAUACAUGUAUAUUAAAUAUUGGUGAUUUUGAAUUGAAAAUGAGGAGAAUUGCCUGUUUGUUUUAUGUUGUACCUUUGCAGACCUAUAAUAAGACAGUGUUCAGAUUGUGAUAAUUGAACAAUUAUCAAUAUUUUAAGUAUUGAUACCAUAUUCAGCAUUAUUUAUUAUUAAUCACAAUUAUAAAAUUAUAUAGAUC